CGGGCAGGGACCUGAGAGGCCGCAGCAGCUGGGCCUGGGAGCUCUCAGCUGCCUUCUGACUUCCUCAUGGGGGUGACGCCAAUUCCCACCAGCCGAGUGGCUGGAGCCCGGGUGCCAACCCAAGAGGGCACUGGGGGCCCGGCGGUUAAAGCUGGCUUCAAGCAGUUCAAGCUCCCUGCGCCCAAAGCAGGAGGGCACUUUCCUGCUGAGCUCUGGAACGCCAGCCCAGGGUAGAGAUGGCAGAGAGCGCGUGCUGCAAGCUCGUAGAUUAUUUGAACGAUCUAGAAGCGCGGGAAUUCAAGAUGUUCAAGUUUCACCUGGAGAACUAUCCGCUGGAAGAUGGCUACAAGCGCAUCCCCCGCUCCAAGACAGAGGCGGCCGACACGAUGGACAUAGCUCGAGCCAUGGUCCAGGCUUACCAGGAGCCCAGGGCUCUGCAAAUGGCCGUGAAGAUAUUGGACGGCAUUAGCCGGAAGGAUCUGUCGCUAAGGAUCCAAAAUGACAUACCGGAGGUUUUCCGUCAGACGCCAGAGCAGGCUGGCGCGAGAGAGGACGGCGAGAAGGACCAGCAGGAGGAGCUGAUCUCGGAUAUGUGCGAUCGAUUUUUCGGAACCAAGAAGAAAGUGGAGGUGAAGCUGGAUCCCAACACCGCGUUCCCCACUCUGCUGAUCUCCCAAGACCAGAAAAGCAUGAGGCUCGGUGACCGCCCCCAGUACCUUCCCAGCAACUCCGAGCGUUUUGAUUUCCGGCCCUGCGUGCUGGGUGCCCCAGGCAUCACUAGGGGCCAGCUGGACUGGGUAGUGGAUGUGGGUGCCGGGAAAGGCUGGAUCGUCGGCGCCGCCCGGGAGUCGGUGGAGAGAAAGGGGAAUCUCUACAUAACGGCUGAGCGGGGGUUCUGGGGGCUGGAGUUUAACAAUGGGGAGUACCAGGCGCUCAGCACCCCUAAGACGACGCUUUUCUUACGGGCGUCUCUGCGCAGGAUCAAGGUGCAUCUAGACUACCUCCUUGGACAACUCUCCUUCUACAACAACGACACCAUGGAGCACAUCUUCACUUUCAACUACCCCUUCUCCGAGAAGAUGUUCCCCUUCUUCUUGACCUGGGACACAGACGUCCCACUCCAACUCUGCCCAUGUGACUGAGAGCACCUCCCCACCUUACGUUUUGCAAGAGCAGGGAUGUUAUACUCCAGUGCCUGGCCAAAAUUCCAGCCCUGGGAAUGAGCCGCUGCCACCAGCCUAUGUAUGUCCACUUUCACUUUCACGUCCUGUCCAGAUUGGGUGCGUAGCCUCCUCGACUGUCUCGCGUGACUUUGUCAGGUGAUAUUUUGUGUUUCUUGACGUCUCCAGCUCUGUUAGCCAAGUUUUUUUUGUGAGAAUCUGUGCUUUCAUUUAAAAAAAAAAAAGAACUAGUUUUCUAACCCUUUGAGUUGCGGAGAAAACCUGUGAAAACCUGACCCAAGAAAGGUCAAAACCCAGAAGGCAAAUGUGGAAAAAAACCCUCCAAGGUUUAUUACUGUAUUUGUAAAAUCUUGUGAUUUUUUUUCAA